AUGCUUCACGCCGGUUUGGGCCCCUAUUCUGUCAGCAUAAAGAUCGUUGAGAGAGAAAUUAAGGAAUUGGCGAAGAAGGUCAAUGAUUUAUGCGAGGAGCAGCCCUUGCAGCAGGUGGCAAGGUGUACAAAGAUCAUUAAUCCAAAUACAGAAGAUGCAAAAUAUGUCAUAAAUGUCAAGCAAAUUGCAAAGUUUGUUGUUGGGCUGGGUGAUAAAGUUUCCCCUACUGACAUUGAAGAGGGCAUGCGUGUUGGGUAG